UUAAACUAUAUUGUAUUGUAUAUGAUUUUUAAAAAUGAUUGUUAAAAAAAUAUGGUAGUAGAGAAUAAACACCUGAAGAACUUAUUUACCUUUGGCUUGUACAAAUAAUCGUCAUAGUGAGUACAAAUACCUAUGUUUUACUAGUGUCUUAUAAAUAUGCUGUUCAGGUGAAUUAGAAAAUAUAUGUUUUUUAAAAUUAUAAUUUACACAUUUGAACGACUUUUUGUUAGUUGUAAUAAUGAACUGGUUUUGUAAUUUAUGCAUUAGUACUUUAUUAUUGUAUCUAAGUUUGCUGUAUGACGUGGGAAUAAAAGCCUCCAAGCAUAACACUGAUCAGCAAAAAAUGAUUCACGAACCAGAGUUAAUACAUAUGAUAAAUUUGAUUAAAACAAAGGAAUUAAAUGAAAUACGUUUUUUAAAAGUUGAACAAGAACAACUAUUAUUAGGUUGCCAGAACGCAUCAAUAAAUAAAAAAUUUAACAGAAAAAUACAGGCCUUAAAGUGUACGUACGCUUACGUGGUUUACAAAAUGUUGUCGUAUCUUAAAUUGGCAAACUCUGAAAACAAUAAUGGGACUUUUAAUGAUGAUGAACAUUUUUUAGACUAUCAACACACUAUCAAGCUGUUUGCAAAAUCCGCGAGCAGAAUGUUGUCUGUACUUUACAUUGGAAAGGUGGUCGCUGCUAAUUGGUUAUGGAUAGUGUUUAUUAAGUUGACUGCCAUCAAUCAGAACAUUAUGAAACUUGAUGAAUUAUGCAAUGAUCAAAAUGUGAAUUACAUAAUCGGAUCGUUUGUAAAUAUUUGUAUUGAAAAUAAAUACAUAAACGUUAAAAACGUAGUGACCGCUCCGGUCUCAUCAAUAAAACAUUUACUACUAAAUGAGACAACCAUAUUGCUAAUGGAAGCAGAAUUAGUGGUAGGCACAGACAACAUAUUGUUAAGACUUUAUAGAUACGAAAAUCAAUUUAAUAUCUUUGACAUCUUUUGGGCUAAAGACUAUCUACAUGCACGUUUAAUACCAAGAUUAAGGUAUUUCCGUCAUAUUAACUGGCAGCCUUUAAAUUACACACUGGGCAAUAUAUUUAAUAACGUUAAUCUGAUUUGGAAACAUGACAUUUUUUUGGCAUCGCAGUAUUUUGAAGGCAUCAAAGACACUGUAUCUAUUACCAUAAUUUACUGCGUUAUGAGACACAUUUUAAAUUACCAGGAAAACAGGUGGUCGCCAAAAUUUAUACAUUGGUCAAGUGAAAAUCCGAAUAAAACUAAACAAUAUAUUGAUAAUUAUCUGAAAAAUAUUGUAAGUUCAUUAUUAAUUACUUUACGUAUUAUGAAUUUGGAAGAUGACGAAUUUUAUCAAAGAAUAAUUUUUCAUCUGACUUUUAGAGAAGAUGAUAUAAACAUGGCAAAAUUUCAUCAAUUUUUAACUAGUGUUAAAAAUAAGUUUGAAAAUAUUUUGAAGAAGUACCAUAUACCUUUUGAACCUUUAUAUCGUUAUAUAGAAAGUAAUGUGAUACAAAAUAUUUUUAUAGUAAAUGAACAAACUUUAUUAUACAAUUCCACUGUGCUUAAGCUGUAUAAUUAUUAUUUUAUGGGUGCAAUAACUAAUUUUAAUUUUAAGAUAGUGAACUCAUUUAGUUCAAGUGAAAAAGUGGAUUGGAUUGAUAAAUUUGUCUUCUAAAUAGGUAGGUUGAUUAUGUGUAUCUUAGAAUCUAAAUAAAUCACUUU